CACGAACCUGAGGAAGGCGGCUUGCCAUAUUAUUAAAGUCAAAAUUUAAAAAAAAAGGGGAAAUUCACAAAAAAAUCAUAGUGAAACAAGGCGAUCCCGACAUGGCUGCGCAACACCCACAAGGAAACCCUCCUCCAUACCCCGGUCCACCGCCAGCCAACUAUCCACAACCGGGAAGCUAUCCGCAACCAGGGAAUUAUCCGCAUCCGCAACCAGGAAAUUAUACGCAUCCGCAACCACAGCAACCAGUAACCGUGGUGUACCCAGCAAACACAGCAUUCGUGCAGGGAGCCAGGGUGAUACCAGCAGUGGUUGUCUCCAACCACAUGGGCACGGAUCCCAGCCACUUCGUCUGUAGGUCAUGCAACCAGCAUGUCAUUACCAGACUCGAAAGGCGGCCAGCGGUUAGGACCCAUCUGUUCGCUUUGCUGCUAUGUGUUUUAGGAUUCUGGCCGUGCGUCUGUCUUCCGUACUGCAUGGACUCCUGCAACAACGCUGACCACUACUGCCCCAACUGCGAUUCCUACAUCGGUUCUUACGUUGGAUAGUUAGAUUAAGUAAUCAAGUGUGAUAUACAACGAGCAAAUGAUGCUUUGUAAGCGUAAAUGGAUAGAUCCUUUAUAUCCCUUACAAGAAUAUUUUGACACUUUAACAUGAUAGGAACAUAGGUAUCGCAUCUUCAGUUACGCUUUACGAAAUGGCGGAGUAAGAGUGGGUUUCAAUUUCAACCAAUCGUGCUGUUCCAUUGAAGCCGAGCGAAGAUUUCGAGCAUAGUGAUUGGUCAAUUCGGCACCGCUAAGCUCCUCUCCGUCCCACUCCGCGUCAGUGGAAACGCACCCUAACUCCUAAGGCUAGAGCUUCGCGAGGUCCGGCAAACGCAGCGGUUCUAUAAUUGGUUCGUAAAAACAUUUUUGCAGACUUUAAGAGGAUACACCAGGGGCGAG